ACCAGACUCCCAGAAAUCAUGCUGGUGGGAUCUCAAUCCUUCUCGCCUGGAGGGCCCAAUGGCAUCAUCCGGAGCCAGUCCUUCGCGGGCUUUAGCGGCCUGCAGGAAAGGCGAUCCAGGUGUAACUCCUUCAUUGAAAAUGCCUCUGCUCUCAAGAAGCCUCAGGCCAAACUGAAGAAAAUGCACAAUUUAGGACACAAAAAUAACAACACUCCCAAAGAGCCUCAGCCAAAGAGAGUGGAGGAGGUCUAUAGAGCCUUGAAAAAUGGACUUGAUGAGUACCUGGAAUUUCACCAGACGGAGCUGGACAAGUUGACCGCUCAGUUAAAAGAUAUGAAAAGAAACUCUCGCCUGGGUGUGCUAUAUGACCUAGACAAGCAAAUUAAAACAAUUGAGAGGUACAUGCGACGCCUGGAGUUUCACAUUAGUAAGGUAGAUGAGCUUUAUGAAGCCUAUUGUAUCCAACGGCGUCUCCAAGAUGGUGCCAGCAAAAUGAAGCAAGCAUUUGCAGCGUCCCCUGCCAGCAAGGCUGCCCGGGAGAGUCUGUCAGAGAUCAACCGCAGCUAUAAGGAGUACACAGAGAACAUGUGCACCAUCGAAGCAGAGCUGGAGAGUCUGCUGGGAGAAUUCUCCAUCAAGAUGAAAGGUUUGGCUGGCUUUGCUCGCCUCUGUCCUGGAGAUCAAUAUGAAAUUUUCAUGAAGUAUGGCCGGCAGAGGUGGAAACUGAAGGGCAAAAUAGAAGUGAAUGGCAAACAGAGCUGGGAUGGAGAAGAAACGGUCUUCUUGCCCCUCAUAGUUGGGCUCAUUUCCAUCAAGGUCACCGAACUCAAAGGACUGGCAACUCACAUCCUGGUGGGCAGUGUGACGUGUGAGACCAAAGAGCUGUUUGCAGCCCGACCCCAGGUGCUGGCUGUUGACAUCAAUGACCUUGGUACAAUCAAACUGAACCUGGAAAUCACUUGGUAUCCCUUUGACGUGGAGGACACAACCCCAUCAUCGGGCCCUGGGAACAAGACAGCCGCUCUCCAGCGGAGGAUGUCCAUGUACAGCCAGGGCACCCCAGAAACUCCUACCUUCAAAGACCACUCCUUCUUUAGAUGGUUGCGGCUGUCUGUCUUGAGUGCCUUGCGAGACACUUUCUUUGCCACGUUGCACCAUAACCACUCUGUCGGUGACCUGCCUUCCCUCAGCCUGAACCCCAAGGCCCUGCUAGAAUUCUAUUCAAAUCUGCCAGAUGAUAUUUUUGAAAGUGGAAAGGCGACAGAGGAAAAAAGGCCACUGUCUCUCAGCUUUAGUGACCUGCAGGAUGGAGACUGCGUCUUCACCUCUAGUUCAGCCACCUCGCCCUCCAGCUCACACUCAGCCCACCCUGAAAUUACCAUCACCCCUGCUGAGCUCACCCAUGGCAGCCUGUCCUCACAGAAUGAGGGUACAGAGGACAGCAGCUCAGCAUCUUCCAGGAAUUCCCUGGGUGAGGACCAUGAGCCAAAGUCCCACACAAAGAGUGAUACGGUAGAGGCCCGGAAGCCCGGUGUGUCGGCAGGGUCCAGAGCAGAGAGCCUGUUCCUAGAGAACAGUGUUGCCGAGGCUCUCCUGCAGGAAUCAGAUGAGGCCUCUGAGCUCAAACCCGUGGAGCUGGACACGUUUGAAGGAAACAUCACCAAGCAACUAGUGAAGAGGCUCACCUCAGCCGAGGGGCCCAUAGUCACUGAGAAGCUUUUCUUUGAAGGCUCUGUUGGUAGCGAAUCUGAGGCUGGCCGCUCCUUUCUUGACGGCAGCCUAGAAGAUGCCUUCAAUGGACUCUUCCUGGCAUUAGACCCACACAAGGAGCAGUACAAAGAGUUCCAGGAUCUGAACCAAGAAGUCACGCACUUGGAUGAUGUCCUCAAAUGCAAGCCGGUAGGCAGCCGCAGCCGAUCCUCCAGCUUAAGUCUGACGGUUGAGAGUGCAUUAGAAAGCUUUGAUUUCCUCAACACCUCUGACUUUGAUGAAGAGGAGGAUGGGGAUGAGGCCUGCCACGGAGGAGGAGGAGCAGACUCCGUGUUUUCAGACACUGAGACAGAGAAAACUGGUUACAGGUCAGUUCACCCGGAAGCCAGGGGUCACCUUAGCGAAGCUCUGACUGAAGACACAGGCGUAGGGACCAGUGUGGCAGGAAGCCCGCUCCCACUGACAACAGGAAAUGAGAGCCUGGACAUCACCAUUGUCAAACAUCUACAGUACUGCACCCAGCUGAUUCAGCAAAUCGUCUUCUCUAGCAAAAUCCCCUUUGUGGCAAGAAGUCUCCUGGAGAAGCUAUCGAGGCAGGUGCUCGUGAUGGAGAAGCUGGCAGCAGUGAGCGACGAAAACCUUGGGAACAUCACCUCUGUGGUGGAAGCCAUACCAGAAUUCCACAAAAAGCUGUCCUUGCUGUCUUUCUGGACCAAGUGCUGCAGCCCAGUUGGGGUCUACCACAGCUCUGCUGACAGAGUGAUCAAACAGCUGGAGGCCAGCUUCGCCAGAACUAUCAACAAAGAAUUUCCAGGACUGGCAGAACCAGUGUUUAGAACCCUGGUGUCCCAAAUCCUGGACCGCUCUGAACCCCUGCUUCCCUCCAGCCUCUCCUCGGAAGUCAUCACCGUGUUCCAGUACUACAGCUUCUUUACCAGCCAUGGUGUGAGUGACCUGGAGACCUACCUAAGCCAGCUGGCCAGACAGGUUGCCAUGGUGCAGACCCUGCAGUCACUGAGAGAUGAGAAACUUCUGCAGACUAUGAGCGACUUCACACCCAGCAACCUCCCUGCCCAACAGGAAGUCCUCAGGACCCUGGCUCUGCUGCUCACCAGAGAUGACAAUGAGGUCAGCGAGGCUGUGACACUCUACUUGGCAGCAGCCUCCAAAAAUGAGCACUUCAGAGAAAAGGCCUUGCUCUAUUAUUGUGAAGCACUAACAAAGACCAAUCUCCAGCUACAGAAGGCAGCAUGCCUGGCCCUAAAGAGCCUGGAGGCCACCGAAAGCAUUAAAAUGCUAGUGACCCUGUGUCAGUCUGACACUGAAGAAAUCAGAAACGUGGCCUCAGAAACGCUCUUGUCUCUCGGAGAAGACGGACGGCUGGCAUAUGAACAGUUAGACAAAUUCCCUCGAGACUGUGUUAAAGUCGGAGGUCGUCAUGGAACCGAAGUUGCAACAGCCUUUUAA